UAUGUCUUGAACAGUCAAUUGUAGCUACUGCAUUGGCCGAGUGGUUAAGGUGUCCCGACACUUUAUCACUAUAAGAUCUCCACCUAUGGGUUGUGAGUUCUAAACCCGCAUUGGACAUUUACCAGGUACUGAUAGUAGGUCCUCUAUACUGACGGUAGGUCGUCAGGUUUUUUCUAUGUAUUCCGGUCUUCCUCCACCUCCAAAAACCAGCACGCCCAUAAAUGACCAUGGUUGUUAAAAUGAAAUGAACCAAUUCUUGUCUCUUAUAUCUAAUGCGAUGUGAAUAAUAUGACAAACUAUUAUAUAAUCUAUGAAAACUACAAUUUUGGAAGACCUAGUUGUUAUUCUAGUGCACAUUGGUGGGUUUUUCAGGUUCAGAGAAUUAUUCCUCGCGUACGACAAUGCUUGAUGGAAACACUUGUGCCGACACACCUUGGAUUUGGCCAUUUAGCCCACAACGACUUUAUUGAAAAACACACGACGCCAAUUGCCAAGGAGCUGUUUACGACAGGAAAAGAAGCCGUCCUUGUACUCGAUGGGACAUACCUAUACAUACAAAAGAGUAUGGACUACAAAUUCCAGAGGAUGUCCUACUCACUACAUAAGAACAGGCCAUUGGUAAAGCCUAUGAUGGUGGUAGGAACAGAUGGAUACAUCCUGAGUGUACUGGGUCCAUACCUGGCUGACUACGGCAACAACGACGCCAGCAUCACCAAGCAUGUACUGAACCACAACCUUGAAGAGAUUCGGACAUGGUUGAAGAAAGAUGACGUCUUCAUUGUUGACCGUGGGUUCAGAGACGCUGUGGAAUACUUGGAAAAGAUCGGAUUGAAGGUAGAAAUGCCCGCUUAUCUGGCCAAAGGGAAAAAACAACACACUACGGAAGAGUCCAACUUGUCCCGGUUGGUGACAAAGGUAAAUUGUUGAAGAAUUUGCGAUGAAUGGCAACUGAUAAAGUAUUCAGGUUUUAAACACAUUUUUUACUGGAUACUAACAUUUUUAGAUAACAUUUGUCAACAAUACGUGUGUGAAAAUGUUGAAAUAGCCUUUAUCAGUGAUUACAUAAUAUGUACCAUGUACUUCGUUAAUUGUCUGUAUACUUAGUCAGUUGUUUGAUCU